GCAAAAGUCCCCGCUUGGUCAGAGCCACAGACCAGGCUUGACCUCUGUCUGCAGUAGACCCCACUCCUCCAGCGUCACCUAGCACCAUGAGCGGCCGAGUGGGAGACCUGUCCCCCAAGCAGGCGGAGACCCUGGCCAAGUUCCGAGAAAAUGUCCAGGAUGUGUUGCCUGCCCUGCCCAAUCCGGAUGACUAUUUCCUCCUGCGCUGGCUCCGGGCUCGGAAUUUUGACCUGCAGAAAUCAGAGGCCAUGCUCCGCAAGUACAUGGAGUUCCGGAAGGCCAUGGACAUUGACCACAUCCUUGACUGGCAGCCCCCCGAGGUGAUCCAGAAGUACAUGCCUGGGGGCCUGUGUGGCUAUGACCGUGACGGCUGCCCCGUGUGGUAUGACAUCAUCGGGCCGCUUGACCCCAAGGGCCUGCUCUUCUCAGUCACCAAGCAGGACCUGCUCAAGACCAAGAUGAGGGACUGUGAGCGAAUCCUGCACGAGUGUGACCUGCAGACAGAGCGGCUGGGGAAGAAGAUUGAGACCAUCGUGAUGAUAUUUGACUGUGAAGGCCUGGGGCUGAAGCACUUCUGGAAACCCCUCGUGGAAGUGUACCAGGAGUUCUUUGGUCUCCUUGAAGAGAAUUACCCAGAGACCCUGAAGUUCAUGCUCAUUGUGAAAGCCACCAAACUGUUCCCUGUGGGAUACAACCUCAUGAAGCCUUUCUUGAGCGAGGACACUCGCAGGAAAAUUGUAGUGUUGGGAAACAACUGGAAGGAAGGUUUGCUAAAACUCAUCAGUCCUGAGGAACUGCCUGCCCAGUUUGGGGGGACCCUGACAGACCCAGAUGGGAACCCCAAAUGCUUAACUAAGAUCAACUAUGGUGGGGAGAUCCCCAAGUCCAUGUACGUGCGGGACCAGGUGAAGACUAAGUACGAGCACUCGGUGCAUAUCAGCCGCGGCUCCUCGCACCAGGUGGAGUACGAGAUCCUGUUCCCAGGCUGUGUCCUCAGGUGGCAGUUCUUAUCUGAUGGUGCAGACAUUGGCUUCGGGGUUUUCCUGAAGACCAAGAUGGGGGAGCGACAGCGGGCCGGGGAGAUGACGGAGGUGCUGCCCAGCCAGCGCUACAACGCCCACAUGGUGCCCGAGGACGGGAGCCUCACCUGCGCAGAAGCCGGCGUCUAUGUCCUGCGCUUCGACAACACCUAUAGCUUUGUCCACGCCAAAAAGGUCAGCUUCACGGUGGAGGUUCUGCUCCCAGAUGAGGGCAUGCAGAAAUACGACAAGGAGCUCACCCCUGUCUAGACAGCUCCCUCACUUCCCAGAGACCCCUGACCCUCUGCUUUCUGUCUACAUAUCCUACUCUCCUCCCAGAAAUUGCUCGGUAGUCCUCUUGACUCUGUGACUUUAAUGAGUAAAGAAAGGGCUGCCUUGGGAAAAUGCAUACGCAGUCAGAUCAGGAAAGGUAAGAGAGGCACAGCUUUGGAGGGUGUCGAGGUUGCAGAAGAGGAAGAAGCAAGGGUAAAAACAAGAGGGGGAUGUCCCUGAAACCCAAGAAAUAGGAAAAUGAAUGUCCUAGCCUUUGUCCUCACUUCUCCUGAGGGAUUUGUGUGCUUGAAUUUCUUCCCCAUGAAUUAUCAGCAAUUUGGGUUGGAGAUGUAUCUAAAUUCUUUUGACUUCUACUCCUUAUAUAGUAGAUGCUCAAUAUAUACUUGUGAAGUUGAAUGGAGGUAGGAAGCAAGUGAUUCAUGGGUAUGAAAGAUAAGAAGGAGUCUACUAGCGGAAAUUUCAGCACCUCAGACAGGACUGUCUUGGAGACCCAGGUGACCCAGCCCCCAGAUUUCUGGCAGUGGCUGCCCCCUAGGGUGGGUAGGAGCUGCCUUACAGAAGGCAUUGUCUGACUCAGGGCACACAGCUUCCCUAACCCAUCACUCCCACCCUUACUGCCUUCCCUUGGAACUCACAGCUUAUGUUUCAAGCAAUUAAAGGCACAUUCCUAGAAGCAAUGGAAGUCACAUUUGGCUCUAGCUGCUGACUGGCGAUAAUAAAAAAAAAAAAUCACAGCUGUCA